CGCCUUCUUCUCCACUCCACUUCACUCACGCCUUCCUCGCCCCGCGUCGCGAACCACCGCGCGCCAUGGUCGGCGGCGAGCCCUUGCGGCGGCGGCGGCAUCUCGCCGACGAUGGAUUCUUCCGGUUCCUCCUCCCCUCGCCGAAGCCGGCCACCACCACCACCACCACCCCUCCUCCCGCCGCGCUGUUCGUCCCGCCCCACCGCCUCAUCGCGCCACCCGUGCCGCUCCCCCAGCCACCCCGCCCCGAGGAGCGCCUCUUCAUCGUGCCCCCCACGCGCCCUUCCUGGCUCCCGCCUCUCUCGAUACCUCCGCCGGCGACGGCGACGGCCCCGCCGCCGACUCGUUGCCCUCCGCGGCGGAUGGGCAAUGGUGGUGGUGGUUGCUUUGGCGGCCGGAGUGGGGUGGUGGGGUGGAGGUAUGGAGGUUUCGUCGGGAAUGGUGGACGUCGUGGCUUCGAGCGGCGGAGGGUGGGAGGAGGCUUCAUCGGAGCAGCGAAUGCAGGCGAGGCCACCGGCGGCGAGAGGCGGGCGGUGGUGCGUAAGAGGGAGAAGAAGGUGUGGGUCGCCGUGGAGAAGAAGGGCGAGGACUGCGGCGGCGGGGAUGAGGACCAGGCGGCGAUGGGCGCGGGCUAUGCCGGUGGAGAUGAGAGGGACGAGCAGGUGGACGUCGACGACGACGAACAAGACGACGGCGACGGCGAUGACCCUUUCGACGUCGCCGCCGAUCACGACCUCCUCGCCGUCGUCGCCGAUGGCGCCGGCAGCGAGAAACCAAUGGAGCAGCUCGGAUCGCCGCCGGAUCAACCGCCGCCGCCGCCGCCGCGCCAGCGAGUCGGAACGCGGCGGUGGAGGGUGGAACGCCGCCAUGACAUCGACGCCUUCACGCCCGGAUUGCUCUCCCUCUACGAAUCCCUCAAUCCAUCAGAGGAGCACAAGGCCAAGCAGAGGCAGCUCAUCGAAUCCCUCACGAAUUCUGUGAGCAAAGAGUGGCCCAACGCCCAGCUGCAUCUCUAUGGAUCGUGUGCUAAUUCCUUCGGAAAUUCGCAUAGCGAUGUAGAUGUUUGUCUCCAAAUUGACACUGCUGCAGAAGAGAACAUUGCUGAGCUUCUUCUCGCAUUAGCAGAGACAUUGCGCAAGGAUGAUUUCGACAAUGUUGAGGCUAUUACCAGUGCUCGAGUUCCAAUUGUGAAGAUUGCAGAUCCAGGAAGUGGCUUGUCAUGUGAUAUCUGUGUCAACAAUCUCUUUGCUGUUGCUAACACAAAGCUUCUCAAGGAUUAUGCCCAGAUAGAUGAGAGGUUGCUUCAGCUGGCCUUCAUUGUAAAGCACUGGGCCAAACUAAGGGGCGUUAAUGAAACAUAUCGUGGAACCCUUUCGAGCUAUGCAUAUGUGCUUAUGUGCAUUAGCUUCUUGCAGCAAAGAGAGCCCAAGAUUCUACCAUGUUUGCAGGCGAUGGAGCCAACAUAUACUGUGGUUGUCGAUGGCACUGAAUGUGCAUACUUCGACCAAGUUGACCAGCUUAAAGAUUUUGGUGCUGAAAACAAGGAGAGCAUCGCCGAGUUACUGUGGGCAUUCUUCCACUACUGGGCAUUCCAUCACGAUUACAGGAACGAUGUCAUCUCCGUCCGCAUGGGGAACACAAUCAGCAAGCAGGAGAAGAACUGGACGACUCGCGUUGGAAACGAUCGCCAUCUGAUAUGCAUCGAGGAUCCUUUCGAGACCAGCCAUGACCUCGGUCGUGUUGUCGACAGGCAGACAAUCAGGGUUCUCAGGGAGGAGUUUGAGCGAGCUGCCACCAUUCUGCAGUACGACGAUGACCCUUGUGUGGCUCUUUUUGAGCCCUAUGAUUAUGAAUCUUGAUUAUUAUUAUUAGCACAUAAAUUAAUAACUAGCCUGGAAAAUCCAGAAAACAGUAGCUAUCCUAAUUCUAGGUAGUAGUGAAGAUCCAGUAGCAUGCUUAAAACACUUGGUGAACAGAAGAACAACAGCAGGUUGCAUUCAAGUAUGUCAAAUUUGAUAGAAAGUUGGAUCUUAAAAUCAAAAGUACUAUGCCAACCCAAAUUUUUCGGAAUGCUUCCCAAGACCUGUGAGGCGUUUCACACAUUCUAAGAAAGUUGGAUCUUAGAA